AUGGCGUCUCUGCAACUACCACUCUCUCUCCUCAUAUUUUCUAUCACCAUCCUCUCCGCCGUCUCCCAGCCACAGUCGCCGAUGCCUCCGCCUCAGUCCAUCAUCGACGCCGCCGAGACCCUGGCCAGCUCGGGGUACACCGCCAUGUCCCUCACCCUCCAGCUCAUCGCCCCCACCCUGCCUCUCCCCUCCGCCGCCAUCACCAGCCUCACCAUCUUCUCCCCUCCGGACUCCGCCUUCUCCACUUCCGGUCAGCCGUCUCUCGCCCACCUCCUUCUUCACUUCUCCCCCCUCUCUCUCUCCCCGUCGUCCCUCCUCUCCCUGCCCUUUGCCUCCACAGUCCCGUCCCUCUCCCCCGCCAGCCACCUCGUCGUGACCUCCGGCCAGCCUGAGAAGAUAUCCAUCAACAACGUCGGAAUCUCUGAAACCCCUAUUUUCGACGACGGAUUUGUCGUCGUCUACGCAAUUGACAAUUUCUUCGACCUGAAUUUCACCCUAGCGGACGCGAAUCCGGCCAACCCGAACCCUAGAUCCGAUUCCCAGUGCCUGAAGCUUGAAUCAUCCUCCAGAUUUGGUGACGCGUCCGGAGUUCUGAAAUCGAGAGGCUACUCGUUAUUUUCCUCUUUUCUCGAUCUGCAGCUCAUUGGAUUUCUGGGGAACUCACACGACUCUGUGAAACCCUGGACAGCUUUUGCGCCGAUGGACAAGGAAUUGGUCCAGUUUUCCGGCGAUUUUGUAGGCCUCUCUUCUUUGUUCAUGAGGCAUUUGGCUCCGUGUAAAGUGAUGUGGAAUGAUAUGGAUGAGAUGGCCAACGGGACUGUGGUUUCCAACAACGUGAGCGGCUUUAGCUUGGAGAUUACGAAGGAUGAAGUUGAUACAGUGAUGGUGAAUGGAGUCGAAAUCACUUUCCCGGAGCUGUACGAAAGCGAGUGGCUGGUGGUUCACGGGAUACGAGCAGUGAUUGAUUUGCCGGAGAUUGGCAACGAGGAGAUGGAAGUGACGGAGGAUUUUCCGGUGGAGGAAAACAAUAACUCGAUGGCUCUGGAUAAUGGGGAAUUUUGA